AUGUGGCCGCUCGGCCACCCCAACCUGCUGCAAGCCGGGUCGCCCUCGGACCCGGGGGCGAUCAGCCCAGCAGUGCUGGAAACCCUGAAGCGAGGAGAGGAGGAGCGACGGGCGAGGGACGCCAAACGUGCCAGACUGGCCGAGAAGGCCAAGGAGGGGAGGCCGUCCCCAGUGGUGAACGCCCCGGCCGGCUCUCCGGCCAUGCCCCCUCCCCCUCCCCCGCCUCUCCCGAGGCGGCCCCCUCCGCCGUCCCUUGGGGCGGCAUCCGGAACCCUCAGUGUGCCGGAUCCUGCACCCAGCCCCCCAAGCUCGGUGCUGGCCGAACGCAGGCGUUCGGCCAAGCGUGGUCCCCCGUCGCCGCCAGAGCAGGGCCCUGGCCGGCCAUAG